AUGGCGACCGCAGACGAGCCACCAUCCGUACCAAUCGUCAAGCCUCCGAGGACGUGGCGCCCUAGGCAGGACGGUUAUCCCCGCGGAAUGGAAGCCAUUUUGGUAGAGCCAAAGGCCACGGCCCUGGAGAAAACAGAUGAGGGUAUCAUCGACGUCUACCACGGAAGAGACCCCCCUUUUUCGGCCAACGGUUUGUCCUUUCUCAUGGAAUUCCAUAAGGACCACUCGGCCACCGACCUAUACGGCAUGACCCCUGAGAACUGUGAAAUUGUGGAGUUGGCUCUCAAAAACGCUAAGGCGGAGGGGCUCCUCGUUACCAGCGGAUCCGACUCGGCCGUUAAGGCCGUAUACCAGGCAAACCGAGAGGCCAGGGCAAGAGGGAUGCCAGGUUACCGACCCGAUCGGGGAAGAUUGGAGGAGAAGGCCCCUUUUAGCAGGAGCGGCUCAGAAUACCUCCGGCAAUAUUUUACUAUGACCCCAGCCGACACUAUCUUUGGUUUGAUGACUGAGGAAAUGGCCCGGGUAAGCCAUCUGGACAACUACUUAACGGCCAGGGAUGCGUUAGCUAAGGCUAAAGAAGCUCUCGAGGAGGAGGUCGAGGCCUCGGACCCCCCUAAGAUCAAAGCGUCCAUAGAUGAUACCCCUGAGAUUGCACGGCCUAUGGUCGAGGGCCUCGACGACCCUUUUUUUGGACACGAGGCCGAAGACGACCCCACAUUGGGAAUCUCCGAUGAGGAAUACGAGGGAAACCAGCAGGAGCCAAAGGAGGUCAGCAUGAACAUGGUCUUGGUGCUACCGUCCGAGUUUUCAGCCCUAGGAGGCCAGACCAACGGCCUGGACAAUGACGUGGCCGAGGAGCAACUUGAUCAAAGGCAAAAAUCAAAGGAAGAGUUGUUAGCCGUGGCUUUUAACGAGGUAAUACCCAGAGACGAGCCAAACAAAUACCGACACCUCAAGCUGUUGUACAUCUCAGCUCAUGUAGAGGGUGUGCCCGUGUCCAAGGUCUUUGAUGACUGUGGGGCGACGGUCAACAUCCUUCCCUAUUCCCUGAUGAAGAAGACCUCAUCCCCAGCGACGUGGUCAUGA